CUGCUCUCCCUCUCCCUGUCUGGGGCCUGGGUCCUGGGUCCAUCCGUCUGGGAAGAAAGUGAAUGAAUCCCGAGCCUUAAACGCUAUAUGUGACCAAAUUAUGCCACAGAAACUCCCGUCGGCGUCGGCAGGGUUUAAACAAACGCCACACCUCCCAACAUUGGAAAGAAGAAGCUACGAGAAAUACUUAUUGUCGCACGAUGUAAAGUUUUUGACCUCACUGGAGCUGGUCUGACUGAAGUUUAGUGACCGACACGAUGCGUUCUAGUGUGGGUGGACCACCGAGCCCCCUUGGCAGAGGAGGCACUGCCGGCAACAACAAUAACCUCAACAGCAGUGAAAACAGUGGAAACUCAGGUUCUCAGUAUGCACUAUGUGCUCUGGGGGUUGGACUUGUUGCGCUCGGCAUUGUGAUGAUUGUGUGGAGUGUCGUACCUGCGGACAUGACCAGUAAUAGCAGCAGCAGUUCAGGAGGAAAUGGUGAUACUGGUAGCAGGAAAAGUAAAGCGUCUUCUGUGGCCUUUGUCUUGGCGGGGUCUGGGGUGGUCAUGCUGCUGCUGUCCUUGUGUCUGGGACUGAGGAACAAACGGCGGGAGCAGCAGAGACUUCAGGAGGUCCAGAACCACAGAGGAGUGGUAGCUAGGGAGCCGGAGGAAAGAGAAACGGCUGAAGAGCAAGCCCAGCGUUACGCUGUACCCACCUAUGAAGAGGCAGUAGGCAGUGGCCAGUACCCUGUCCGUCAGAGCAACCAUCGCCCAAGCAACUCCCAGCUACCAUCCUAUGAUGACCUGGUCCAAGUUGAUGGUGUCCAGUAUGAAUUUGAGGGGUCAGAGGACACAACUACCGGAUCCCAGCCUGCUCCUGCUGCUUCCACAUCAAUUCAUAGACCUGGGAAAAAUAGCCGCAAUCUCCUCCCUAUUAAGAUCCGCAGGAUUAAAUCAGAGAAGUUACACAUGAAAAACAUUGAUAACUCUCAGCCAACACCUGGAAUCAGUAUAGAACCACUUACCCCACCGCCGCUGUAUGAAGAUAAAGUGCCUCCAAUUUAACAUAAAGCUGAUUGGGGUUUAAACAUUUUGCUGGAAUUCCAUGAUCACAUUUUGUGCAUCUGGAUCUGCCUUAUUAAGGCGAGACCUGACGGUGGCUCCUCUUGCAGACAAUCCUUUUUUAUUAAUUUUUUAUUUUGGAUCUCACUGGACCUCUAAAGUUGGACAGGCAGUAAUGGAAAUUGCGGGAUCUUUCCUUACUUUGACAGAUUCUGUCACACUGUGGCACAUUAGGUUAAAAGCACACACCAAAUGCAGUUUUCCUUUAUGUGAAAGUCAUUUUCUGUUUGUGCAUUAUCUUUAUUAUAACUUAGCUGCCCAGUGAACAGUGCACGGGGACUGUACAUGUGAGUUAAUGGCUGAAAAGAUCAUAGGACAUCAAUGAGCGGUUAUAGUGAGGAUUUAUGUGCACACUUAAAUAGAUAUGUGCAGGACAGUCAUUUUGUGAAAUAACUGCUGUGUGUAUUCAGCUGGCUUGACCUGUAUUGUCUUUCCUGGCCCUGCAGAGUUUUCCAGAAAAUGAGAGAGUUUUGACAAAUGGUAAUCUACUGGACAGCACCACUAAAGAAUCGACUAUUUUUAACCAAUGUAAAACAAAGCCUUGGCAUGUAUCAGCUACAGCUCCCAUGACUCUUAGCCAAAGGCACUCUACAAAAAUGUAAUGGGAAAUCCAGUAGUUGAAUGCUAUCAAAAUAUCGCUGGUUUUAUCUUGGUUAUAGUAAUAACAGAAGAGAAAACCCUAGUUUUUUGUUUCUCUUCACAGAAAGAUAAAUGAUAGAAACUCUGUACAGUGCCAGUGGUCUGGCCAAGGCUGGUGGAAUGGAAGCUCGCUUGAAAAUGGGGUGGGACUUGAGCUGUUCGUGUUGUGGGUGUUUCUUUACUGAGUAGGUAAUUCAGGUCCAAAAUCAAUUAAAAUUGCUGCACUUAGAAACACAGCUGUUUUAUUUUAUUUUUUUGCUGAAUUCUAAACUUUUUUCACUAUUUGCUUGUUUACUUUGUCUCUCUGAUGCUUUGUGCUAGGCCGUCAGCAUGUCUCAUGAGACUCAACCAUACAGUCUUAAGGGAGAGAUCGGGAGGGGGCUGUUAGAACAUCUACAAUGGAUUCGGUGGUUGAAAUGUAUGUUUACACUUAACCAGUGCAGCACCAGUGGUCACCAUUAAGGUCACCAUUGGGUUACUUUUUAAAAGAAAUAACUUUCUGGGAUGAAUCCAUUUUAUAGGACGUUGAAGGUCUCAAGGAGAGGUAAUGCUAACUGAUUGCAGAGGUUGGCUUCCAGUGGUACACACUGAAGUGCCUUGGUGCUCUUCCUAAAACAUUUCAGAAUACAUUAUACCACUGAACCUGUGCUCUAAUGUUGCUCUUCCAUUGCAUUGUUGUUUUUACUCUUGCAGACAGUGGGUAGAGAAGAAAGUAAGUGAGGGUUGAAAGCCUUUUCCCUGUAGCCAUGGUGAACACUGUUGAGCUGUGAAAGAAGUAGUGUAGUCCCCGCUUCUAUCUGGGCUUGUUUUUGUCCUUACUCGAGAUGACCAACAGAAAGACUCUUUGACUGUGCAGCUGCGCCGUAAUAACAGCAACUAUUGCUCACUCGCUUGCUCAUCACCAUUCCUUCAACCACAGCCUGCAGCCCUGUUCUCACUCAUGAUGUACGCAGAGAAAGACUCUCUGUUCAGGGAAAUGGUUUGAGUUCCAUCACCAAACACCUUUUAAUCAAUACCCGUUAAUGAACUCUCUUUUUUUCUUCAGGUUAGACUUGUUUAGAUAUGAACAGCUGAAGUCAAAUGGAGGGAUUUAUCAGUCAUUGAAUUAAAAUUUCUGUCAAGCAAAACUACAAGGUCACUUUCAUGUCAGAAACAACAUAUACAGUUCAUUUUCUAAGUUUAAUUCUUUGUAUCAUGUUCAAUACUGCAAGUAUUGUACCUCAUUUACAAAAGACCAUUAAAAUAAAUAAUUUCUAUGUAUUCUAUGUUAUUUCUAUGUAGUCAAAAUGUUUUACAUUGAUGAAACAUUGAGUGUUUUGAUUUAACAGUCACUUUCUGUUUUAAUUAGAUGAGUGCCUGAAACAUACUGUUUGUUUUUAGUUUUAUUAUAUGCUUUUUAUGAAUUGAUUUUAUAUUUCUUUUUUAUUUACUGUGAAAAUAGAAUUUUCUAUGAUAUUUCUUGCUAUAUUUUUCUGAAGAUUGAAAACAAAUGUAUCUUAUGAAUAUUUUAUGAGAAAUAAAAGGACGUAUUUGUUAAUUAACCCAACAUUUAAGAAGAA